AUGGCUUAUGGCUUAAGGCAGCAUAUAUCCCAACCCACGCACCGUCGUGUGUACGGGUUCGGAGAUGACAGCCACGGCGCGGUGGGCCAGGCGCCGCCGGCUGCCGACGUCUACGUGCCCACGCCCGUGCCCUCCCUCCCGCCGUCGGUGAGCGCCGUCGCCGCCGGUCACUACCACUCCCUCGCCGUAUCCGCCGCCGGGGAGGUCUUGGCGUGGGGACGCAACGACGAGGGCCAGCUCGGUCGCGGGCUUCACUCCCCGAGGAAUACUUGGAGCAAACCAGAACAGGUCAGAGGAUUGGAAAAUGUUCAAGUUCGAGCUGUAUCUGCUUCAGGUGUUGUUUCAGCAGCAAUUGGAUCUGAUGGCUCUUUAUGGGUUUGGGGGAGGUCAAAACGUGGCCAACUUGGACUUGGGAAGGACAUUGUAGAGGCUUCAGUGCCAUCUAGAGUGGAAGCACUUGCUAGCUACGACAUCGCUAAGGUAUCAUUUGGAUGGGGGCAUGCCAUGGCAUUGACAAAGGAUGGAAAGCUAUUUGGUUGGGGCUACUCAGAAAAUGGAAGAUUAGGAGGAAUGGGUCAAAGCACUAAGGUACCUUCUGCCGAGGAAUACAUAGGCAAAAUGGUAGACAAGUAUUCUAGUUCAAUGAUGGAGGCUGUUGAAAAGAUGGUUGAAGAGAAAAUUCGGAGCGAAGACAAUAUGCCCAUCAUCUGGGAACCAUCCCUUGUUCAUGAAGUAAGUUGUCUUGAGGUGUCUGAUGUGUCUUGUGGGCUUGACCAUUCCCUGAUCCUCUUCUCCGAUGGCGUUCUACUGAGCGGUGGUGACAACACUUACGGACAGCUGGGUAGGAAGGCAGGGCUGUCCAAACUGCUUCCUGUUGACGUGAGCUAUAAACCAUUCUCCGUGUCGGCAAGUGUUGGCCACUCCCUCGCACUCUGCCAUACAUCAACUGAAGGCACUGAUGAUGUGGAAACGGGCGUCCUCUCAUGGGGGUGGAACUGUAGUUCCCAGCUUGGGCGAUCUAGCCAAGAAGACAUCCCAGCACUGGUCAACUGUCUUAAUGGGGAGAGGCCGGUAUCCGCGGCGGCUGGCCGAGUUCAUUCGGCUGUUCUCACAUCGAGAGGAGAAGUUUGGACGUGGGGAUCUGGCCGGAACGGCAGGUUAGGUCUGGGCAGCUCAAUCGAUGAGGCAGAGCCGUGUCUUGUGGAUACAUUGGAAGGAGCAGAAGUCCUGCAAGUUGCAGCAGGGAUGGACCACAAUCUCCUCCUGGUCGCCGAGUAGGUUGGCCGUUGGCAUGCUGGUUCGCUGAAAGAUUAUUUGAUCCUUCAUCUGGUCACCGGAAGUCUGGAACCGAUGGCAAUCAGGUGGUUGAAAUACAACACUACCUUUCGCGAAGGAGUAUGGCCGUGCAGUGCCCAUGCCAGGCCUCAUUCAUCUGGGCACCAUGGGCACGCUACUGAAGUAGUGCCAUCGUUUUGGGCACGCUACUGAAUGUACUGGUACCGGUACAAGAUCUGAUUUACGUGCUUUGUAAAGCAAAUGAGAAUGCUAAUUUCUGUGCUGAAUUGUUGAUACGUGAUCUGAGUUAUGACAACGGUACUGCAAAGUUUUGAUACUUGUUCACCAAAAACUUCCUCAUCCUAAGAAAAAAACUUGUCCGAGGCAGAGAUCAUACACAAACGGAGCUCAUGCAAUUUAAGCCCAUCAGCCUACUUAGCGGCCCAUCUCUACGGCUCAGCCCAAGAAAACGUUCUCUUCACAAUUCUCGCCCCAAGUUGAGCCCACUCGUCUCGUCUGGGCACGGCGCACACUGUACACGCGGUCGGCGGGCGGCGGAGACAGCAGAAUUCAAGUCGGAGCGAGCAGCUUCGGCGGCGGCGGCGGCGAGCACAGACAGGAUGGGGCUGGGAGGCCGGGGCAUCGUGGGAGAGAGGUGGUCGCAGCGCAUCCUGUGGAUCUGCGCCCUGGGCAGCGCCGUGAGCCUCUACUUCGUCGCGGUGGAGAGGCAGGCGCAGAACCGCGCGCGGGCGGUGGCGGAGGGCCUCAAGGCCCUCGACGGCUCCGGCGGCGGCGCUGGGGAGGACGUGUGAGGCGCUGCUUGGGGGCAGGCGCGCCGUGGAGAGUGCCUCUCUUGGUUGGAUCAUGAGACGGGUCACUUUUGCUUUUCUGUUUCAUGUUCACUAAGCUACAGAAGCUUUCGAAUAAUGUACUUUGCUCAAUCUUUGUAGAAAAAAAAGUUGAUUAGUUUCAGUGUUUUCAUAAUUUACACGAUUUACCUGAGCUACAAUUGCCGUGCAGAAAUGUUGAAUGAUGCGAGUGUUUUCCUAUUUCACACCAGUUAUUUUCCUGUAAGGAUUCUUAAGGUGUAUUUCUAUGGGACUAUGACUGUUGAAGCCAA